AUGAAAAGUAAUGAAGUUGCUGCAUUUGUUGAUAGCUUUGCUCAAAAUCCAGCGCAAGAUAUACCAGCAGAGUUUUUAGAUCAAUUAAAGAAAUACUCAAGCUAUGUUGAAGAAUUCGACAUUGUUACAAUUACAAAUCAAUAUAAUUUCAUACCAAAGAACGUUGAAAAGAUACUAUCAAAUCCUUAUUUAUGCUCUGAAAUGCAAGUUUGCGACCUUAUCACUGAUAUAUUGUUUAAAUUCAUAACAGCAAGAAACAAUCCAGGAGAUCAGCCAUCGCUUUGGGCAGCAAAUUUAUUACGGAAACUUGGAAGUCAACAAUCCAAACUACAUUCGCUCUUUGGAUUGCCAGGAAACUUAGUUAUUAAAGCAGUAAUGCAUUAUCCACGAGAAUAUAUGCAAUCCAUUACAGAUGAAGCACUUUCAACUAUUGCUCUCUCAUCGCCUCCAAAAAAUCUUAUACCAUACUUACUUGAAGAAUUAGAAAAAAGAAAAUUAGAAAUUCCUCCUCAACUUAUUAUGUGCAUUGAUAUUGCAUCUCCAAACAUCUCACCAGCAUUGAUGAUAUCAAUCUUUAACAUAUAUAUCAAUGCUCCAACCAUCCAAUUUGCAGAACAAUUAGUUUCUGCCAUAAAAAUACGCCCACAGAUUCAUAUAAUGUUUAUAUCAGAUUUAUCGAUGUAUAAUAUUUCCAAUUUAAAAAAUUCAUUGGAAAUUUUAGGAUCUGUGAUAUCUCAACAAAAUUUUGAUUUUCCUCUUUCUUGUUUGUAUUCACCAGUCAUACAAGAUAUUGCUGAUGAGAUCCAAUACACUUAUAAGUCAAUUACUUCAACACAAUUAGAAUUUAUCUCUCAAACAUUGAAAGAAUUCACAAAUGACCAGAUUCCUUUCCUAUUUCCAUUAGUUUUAGAAUUUCCAUUAUUAGGAAAAGCUAUUUUAGAUAUUGAUGAAAGAGUUAGAGAAUUAUUUUCUUUAUAA